AUGGCGCGCACAGCGCCCAAAGCAGCAUUCGGUGCCGACUCUGAUGCGCUCCUGAUCGGUUUCAGCAUGCUAGAGGAGACACCCAAAAGUGCAUCUUCUCCAGCGCCUGUUUCCACUGGAGUUCCUCAAGGCUCCGUUCUAGGACCACUGCUGUUUCUGGUCUACGUCAACGACCUCCCAAAUGUUCUUACAAGUCCACGUCUAGUUUUUGCGGACGACUUGAAAUCCUGGAGUUCCAAAGCCACUGCCCUCCAAAUGGAUGUAGACGCUGUAAAGCAGUGGUCGUUGGACUGGCACCUUCCUCUGAAUGACGAAAAGUAG